AUGCAUAUACUUGUUCUUGCAUCUGACUAUACACUCUAUACUGAUGAAUUAUUGAAAAUAAAUCCAAGUUUACAAUUAAUCGCAGGUGACAAACCGUCAGAUCUUAUUGAUGCAGGUAAAAACUGUUCUAUAUGGUUAGGAGAUCCUCAUUUAGUAGCAGAACUUCUUCGCUUUGGUGUUAAACCUAAAUGGAUUCAAUCUACUUGGGCAGGUAUCACACCUCUAAUGGCAGAUGAUUUAUCAUAUGAUUGCAUACUGACUAGAGCAGUUGGUGUUUUUGGUCAACUAAUGGCAGAAUAUCUACUGACCUAUUUUCUUGCACACGAACGUCAACUGAUAGAACGGAUUGACUAUCAAAAAGAAGGUAAAUGGUAUGAUCGUCAACCAGGUACUCUUAAAGGACGACAGAUUAUGAUUGUUGGAGCUGGAGAAAUUGGCUGUUGUGUUGCUCAAAUGCUGGUACCUUUUGGUGUCAAUUUGAUAGGAAUUACUAACACACCUCGUUCGAUCAGUCCAUUUCAUCAAUGUGGGACAUUAGAAGAUCUUCCUCGGUUUUUAGAAACUGCGGACUAUGUGGUUAAUCUCCUACCCAAUACAUCGCAAACGCAAAAUAUCUGGAAUGCAACGUUAUUUGCUCGAAUGAAACCAACAGCUAUAUUUAUUAAUGCAGGACGAGGUAGUGCAGUUGUCGAUACUGAUCUCAUUACCAGUUUGGAACAGAAACAAUUGGCAGGUGCAGUAAUUGAUGUCUGUCGAACAGAACCAUUACCUUCCGACCAUCCAUUUUGGCGUACACAAGGACUUCUUCUUACUAGUCAUAGUGCUGCACCAUCUCUGGCACAUGCUAUUGUUGAGCUUUUUUAUGACAAUCUAAAUAGAUUUUGUAACAAUCUUACUAUGCGCGGUAGAGUUGAUUUUGAUCGUGGUUAUUAG